CUUUGCUGAGGUGACUAGAGGUGCGAGGGUGGUGUUUUGUGAGGCUGGUGCGUCCUCUGGUGGCAGGAAGUCAGUGUUAUAUUUUGACGUUUCCGUCUCCGGCAGACAUAUUGCUUAGAGGAGCAAAUUCUGGAAAGAUAGUAGAGAGAGAAAGGAUUUAAAAUUGAUUUACAUCUUCGCGACUUGAGUCAUUUACACGACAUAGGACAUAAUGGAGCCGUCAGCCAGUCCGGCCAAAGACAACUACAGGAUGAACCGCUACAAGAACAAAGCACUGAACCCAGAGGAGAUGAGGCGCAGGAGAGAGGAGGAGGGCAUCCAACUCAGGAAACAAAAGCGAGAACAACAGCUUUUCAAGAGGAGGAAUGUGGACGUUCUCAAUGAAGAGGAGGCCAUGUUUGAGAGUCCACUGGUGGACUCUUACCUCAGCUCUCCAGCAACAGAAGGAGUCAUUACCAGAGACAUGGUUGAGAUGCUUUUCUCGGAGGACCCAGAGCUUCAGCUCGCCACAACACAAAAGUUCAGAAAACUACUUUCCAAAGAGCCCAACCCACCAAUUGAUGAAGUAAUUAACACAACUGGAGUAGUGGAAAAGUUUGUGGAGUUCUUGAAGAAGAGUGUCAACUGCACACUACAGUUUGAAGCAGCUUGGGCUCUGACCAACAUAGCAUCAGGCACAUCCAUGCAGACAAAGACUGUGAUUGAGGCCGGAGCAGUACCAAUCUUCAUUGAACUACUUAACUCUGACUUUGAGGACGUCCAAGAACAGGCUGUGUGGGCCUUGGGUAAUAUUGCAGGGGAUAGUGCAGUGUGCCGGGACUAUGUGCUGAACUGCGACAUCCUUCCACCUUUAUUAAUGCUCCUGACCAAAUCCACUAGAUUGACCAUGACUAGGAAUGCCGUGUGGGCUCUGUCUAAUCUCUGUAGAGGAAAAAACCCUCCACCUGCAUUUGAAAAGGUGUCACCCUGUCUGCCAGUACUGUCCAGGCUUUUAUUUAGCAGUGACCCAGACUUGCUGGCAGACGCCUGCUGGGCCCUGUCCUACCUCUCGGAUGGCCCCAAUGACAAGAUCCAAGCUGUCAUCGACUCUGGCGUCUGCAGGCGCCUUGUAGAGCUACUCAUGCACACGGACUAUAAGGUGGCCUCCCCUGCAUUGAGAGCUGUAGGAAACAUUGUCACUGGAGAUGACAUCCAAACACAGGUGGUGUUGAACUGCUCAGCCCUGCCCUGUCUUCUGCACCUGCUCAGCAGUGCUAAAGAGUCUAUUCGCAAAGAGGCAUGCUGGACCAUCUCAAACAUCACCGCAGGAAACCGAGCACAAAUACAGACGGUAAUUGAUGCCAACAUCUUCCCAGUGCUGAUCGACAUUCUACAGAAAGCAGAGUUCAGGACCAGGAAAGAGGCGGCCUGGGCCAUCACUAACGCAACCUCUGGAGGAACACCAGAACAGAUCAGAUAUCUGGUGAACCUAGGCUGCAUUAAGCCCCUGUGUGAUCUGCUGACGGUGAUGGACUCUAAGAUCGUUCAGGUAGCUCUCAACGGACUGGAGAACAUCCUGAGGCUGGGCGAGCAGGAGGCCAAGCAGGAGAACACCGGCUCUGGAGUUAAUCCCUACUGCAGCCUCAUUGAAGAAGCCUAUGGUCUUGACAAGAUCGAGUUCCUCCAGAGCCACGACAACCAGGAGAUCUACCAGAAGGCCUUUGAUCUAAUCGAGCACUACUUUGGGGUUGAGGACGAGGACAACAGUCUUGCCCCUCAGGUGGACCAGGCCAACCAGCAGUACCUUUUCCCCCAGCAGGAAGCCCCCAUGGAGGGCUUCCAGCUAUAAUUCCACACCCCUCUCCUCUAAAAUGUACCAUUUACCCCCUCCAUACCUCCUCAUCUCAUGGAGGACCCCUGGAUGCCCAAGCCGAACCUCCACGCCCCCAUCUCUGAUCUGCAACUACCCCCCAUCUCUACCAUUACCACAAACACACGCAGACACCCUUUGGAGGAAAGCUAAAACUGUCCUGCUCUCCAGCCUAAAAAAAUGUCCCCCUUUCCUUCUUCCCUCUUCUAAACCAGUGGACUGAAUUCUUGCAGGGCAGACCCAUGUGUUACAUCUCCAGGGGGAGGGCGCCACACAAACUCCAUUACACUUAACAGAGGAAGUCUGUCCUGGCUUCAAACGCACACCGUCAUCUUCCAGCCAUUUAAUAGCUCUUGUUGGCAGUAACGAUGGUUUGUUGAUUAAUAUCUUUAUAUACACUUUCAUUUCCUUUCCAGUGGGACAUCCCUAUUUUCAGGAUUACCCUUGUAUCCCCAUGCAAAGUCCACAGACUGGGGUGCAUGAGGUGAAAUAUGCCUAGCUCUUGAUGUCAGUCUGACUUAGUGCAAUUCAAAGAGAAAAAAAAAAACAGAAACAUAAUCCCUUUUUGUUUAAUGAUUAGUUAUUUUCCCCCAACACUUAUGUAUCUCCUUUUUUUAGUGCUUGUGAUUUUUCUUUUUUCCUCCUUAUUUUUUUAACUGGGACAAAUUACAGGGGAAGGGUUGACGUGGGAAGUAAAAACUAAAACAAAAAAAAAACUCGGAUGGGCUCUGGAUGGGAUAUUGAAAAAGAGUUAGGGUUUUUUAGAGGAAAUGUUUAAAGAUCUAAAUCCAGUUUUCAAGGUUGGUAUAGCUAGAGAUCCAACGUUCGUUGCGUGCUGUGUUAUUAAUAACAAUACAUUUGAAUUAUGAGGUGAUCUAACUAUAAAACAAGGCACGGCUGGGGAUUCAGGGGGAAAGGUGCCCGCGGCAGCAGCAAACCAAACUUAUUUUUUAUAUUUAAAAGAAUUCAAGAGCUUGCAGGUUGUUCAAAGUAGGGUGAAAUACCACUUGUGGUGCAGACACGUUUCUAGUUUUGUCUGAUUUCAUUGAAGCCCCGUGUAAACCGGUUGCUGCUGAUUAGCGGUGCCCUGUGCUCUUCUCCCCCUCCCCCCCUCCCCCCAGCUGUAUGUGGUAGGGGUUUUUGCAUGGUGUUCUAUUCCCCUGCGUACUGUCACUGAGUAUCCCUUGCCAAACAUAGACAGUUGGCACAGAGAAAUGGAGAACAGUGUGAAGAAACACUUUGAGACUUUGCUGUAUGCUGCUCAGCGUUUCUUGUUGCAGCAUUUGGAGGUAAAAAGCAGGAUCUGGGCCACAACUAAUUGGUUUGGUGGUGUUAACAGUAAUAGUGUAGUGUUGGUGUUUUGUAUAGUGGUAGAGUUGAUCUAUAACCUGAGGCAUUCUAUAUCACUAUAUCUUUGAGGGAUGGGAAUGACACCUGUAAAUGAUUUUGCAUGGGUCCAUUGUGAUAUUGAUGUAAAUAGCCUAUCCUCUGCCUGGCAAGGUAAAGUGCGCCGCUUCUUUGUUUAAUAACAACCCGAGUUUGGCUAGGGAUAUAUCUCAGACAAGUGACGAGCCUAACUGCAACCAAAAUUUCAAGUAUAAAUAUAUAUUUGAAUUUUGAUGUAUUUGCAUUAUAGAUAUAUAUUUGCGCACACUUCAUGCACACUUGCAUACAACACCAGCAGACACUGUACACACACCUCUCACAGAUGAGUGGCUAGUAGCAAGUAAAAUAGUUUCCAUAGUCUUUUGGAGUGGAAAAAGUAGUUAUUCUUUCAUUUUCUUUUUCAAGUUUUGCUUUUCUCCAGAGUAUGAGAUUAGCCUUUUGGGCUGUUUUUGGUUUCAGAGCACUUAGUAUAUUUUCUUUAUAAAUGUUGCCCUUGGUUUGGUCUGAAUUAAGAUUGUUUUCUGUUUUAAUCGAGAAAAUUAAAAGAGACUCUUUUUUUCUUUUUUUUCGAAUUCAAAAGGGAUUAGGGCUCAUGGAAACUUUUUUUGUUGUUUCUAGCCACAUGACGGUUUAAAUUAGACCUGUUAACCCUGACCCGGGAUCCGCUCUGCCUGUGACAGAAGCUGAUCUUGGAUCAGGGUUUAGGCUUUGUGGAUGGAGCGAAACUGUGGUUGUGUGAUGUUUGACUGACAGGCACUGUGUGAGGAAGAGAUUGAUUGACUCAAUGACCGUGUCCCUAUCUGAGUCUGGGAGCCCCGGUUCUGUGGAUAACUGAACCAGCCCUAACAUUAAAUCAUGGAACUGUGAACAGAAUUAUGUCACACUAUAGCGAGUAUAUGAUAGAUUAGUAUGUUGAAUAUUGGGUAUACUUAUGUGUACACUUUCAUUCAAGAGUUGUUUUUUUUACCCAAAACAAUUUCCUUUUAUCUGAUAGGACAUCUUUUUGGAUAGAUAGACUUAUAUGUAUGCUUAUCAUUUAGUUUGUUUCAGUAUAACAUUUUUACAUAAGCCUUUCACAGGGGAAAAUCUUAUAGGGCGCAGGGCCGUUAUUAUAUUCUAGGGUUUAAGCAUUAGCUGAUAUUUGUAGUAAAGGUUUCGUGAGUUUGGCAUGUUAUCCACAGAACCAGGUGCUCUCAGUAGACAUAAUGGCUGAAAUACAUGGGGCCCGGGUGCUACAUGGGGCCCGGCCACCAGCAGAGCGCGUCCAUUAUAACCAACUGAAGCUGCUACACUGACCGCGGACGUCAUGCAGGCCUCGCACUGCUCGUUUUUACAUAUAACUUUAAAAAAAUAACUUAAAUAACUCAUUGUACCCGAGGCACUGUAAUGCAGCAGAGCAACCUUGUGGGUGUUUAUACAUUUCACAUUUAAAUAAAUCAAAUCAGAUCAGUGUGGAUCCAAUAUCCUGUAGUAAUCCAAAUAACUAAUUCAUUACUAGUUAACAUAGCUUGCUCUUUCAAACCCUACACAACUUGGCAAAACGCAAUAGUCUAGACAGAAGUCUGUGUAGCAGGAGAAAAAACCCCGCUCUGACACCCGUGCCCCGUGUAUUUUGGCCACAAGAGUUCAAAUCAUGACUAAUUGAGUAUCCGGAACUUGCCUCUACAUGACAGAUGUGUAGAGCAGCAUUUAUAACUUAAGUCUUUGAUUUCAACUCUGCUUGGCUUACAAAUGAUGCCAGAAUUGCAGUGGUUAAAAAAAAAAAAGAGAGAGACAAAACUCAGUGCAUCAACAAGGAAAAAAAUAUUUAUAUUUCUGAAAAAUGAAAAUGCACUCCUAUUCACAAAAGUGCCAAUCCGACCAACAAAGACUGGAGUUUAUGUGUAUCUGUCUUUGACUUAUAGAUUUUCUUUAUAUCUUUUAUUUACUUGAAUGUGCACACAUUUUGUGCAGAACAUUGCUGCUCUAUUUUCCUUCUCUUUAAAGUUACAUGAUUUGCCAUUGUUUCUUUGGAAAAGUGGCAUCCUUUACUGUGGGCACCUAAAUAAGAAAUUUAAUUAAGGCAGUGAAAUUGUCUGGGGGGGCUGGGGGAAUUAUAAUAAUUACGUAAAACUGGUCUUUCCAGCUACCCCACUAUUAGUCUUUUAAUGAUUAUCACUGUGCAUGGGUAAGCUGCAGAUGUUUUGGAAUCAAAGAAUUGAUUUCAUGCAGUGGAAACAGUAGAGUAUACUACUUUCUUGAAGUCAUGGCCUGUAGCCAGCCCCUUUAUGGCGAAAAGGAUCUGCGCAGAUAGAAAUAUAGUAGUAUUUUUUUGUGGCACAUGAUUCAAAUUGUGGAAACUUAAGCGACUAUCAUAGCCGACAAUUGCCGGUCCUAACCGUAUUGUCAUAGUUUACCAAAGUUGUGUCAUCCUGAAGGCUGGUUGAAAUGAUUUACUUGAUGUCUGUGUUUUCAAUAUUCAAUUUAUGUAAUUGGCUUUUGUUGACCCAGUCAGUAUGACUGAGAGAUUGCAUCAGGCCAUUUACACCUUGCUUCUUUUCAUUAGAAGUUUAUGUUUUGCUUCUUUUAAUUCAAGUUUAAGUACUGUUUAGGGAGUUUGAAAAAAAAAAAAAAAAAUCUGCUGAAGACUGCAAUAAAUAUUGUCCAAAAUCAGGCACCCCUGAGGCAACGAUCCACCUGCAAAGUGCUCUCAAAGGUGACACUCCUUCCGAUGGGGGGAGCUAACACGAGGCAACUACUUGACAUUUUUUUUCUAAGAUAAAAUCUGGGAUUCAGAAAUUGUGCAGUGAUUUACAUUAAAAAGUAUUAUAAGUUAAACUAUGUAUGUUCUGAUACAUUGACAGGGAUUCAGAUGCAAUUCUAAUCACUUCUGAGAAGUGGAGAAAAGGCCUCAUUAGAACAUGUCACAGGAAAAAAAUAAAAUACAAUAGGAGGUGGAGAUACAAGCCUUUUCUGCUUUUCUUGAUCUUUUUUCCUGAUCAGGAUACUCUGGGCUAUAUUUUUGGAUAAAUGUGUGUAGAGUAAACGUUUGUCCUAGUCAGGCUGCAUGAUCAGGAACCCUGUUAUCUAUAGGGGAGUGAACAGACAUCACUAAAUAUCUCAAAUCUGACUUGUCUUCCGUCCUAGAAGCUGUUCAUGUCUAUAUCAAAAUCUAAAGCCAUGCUUGGCUUGGUCGAGUUAUGUUGUCUAUGCUACAAAUGUUUACAAUGCUACAUGUUUGUAAAGUACUUUUCAUACGCCAUCACUGACCAGUCCUGAUGUAUUCUCCGCUCUGGUCCUCUCAUUUCUUUUACAUGUAUUUAUUUCCUCUAUCCUUGUUUAUGAUUUUUCAUUUGCUCAAAAUGACCCAUCUUUAACUGUGACUUGACUUGACUUUACCGACGGUAUGAAUGAGUGACGAGAAACUUAUACACUUCAACUGAACAUGACACACAAACAUGAACAUGGAAAAAAA